UCCACAGUAGAGGCGAGCGGAGCGGAUCAUAUGUUCGCCUCCUCCUUCCCCUCCCCUUUUUUAGAAUUGGUGCGUCCCAUCUGCGCCGCCUGAACAGCGAGCGGUACGAAGGCGAGCUCAUUCUAGGGGAAAAAAAGGGGGGGAAUAUAAAUUACGCAUAUUGAACCAAGCAGGCGAGCCAGAAGUAAAGGGAAUCGGAUACCACCAGAUCAUUCUGAAAAAUGCUUGGAAUCUUAAAGCAGCCAAUUGUCUUUUCGGUGGAAAUCAAUGUCAACCUGGUGGUUUUGACUGCACUUGGAUUAAUCAGCCGGCUGUGGGCUCUGUCCUAUCCCAGAGCCGUAGUUUUUGAUGAAGUUUACUACGGCCAGUUCCUCUCCUUGUACAUGAAGCGGAUAUUUUUCAUAGAUGAUAGCGGGCCACCGUUCGGCCACAUGCUUUUCGCUUUGGGAGGUUAUUUAGGGGGAUUUGAUGGAAAUUUCUUGUGGAACAGAAUAGGAGCAGAGUACAACUCCAAUGUGCCCAUUUGGGCUUUGCGGCUGCUACCAGCCAUAGCUGGUGGCUUAUGCGUUCCCUUGGCAUACCAAAUACUGGUUGAGCUACAUUUCACCCAUUUCGUUGGCCUGGGUGCUGCGGUCCUGAUUUUAUUCGAAAACUCACUAAUUACUCAAUCCAGGCUGAUGCUGCUGGAGUCUAUUUUAAUUUUCUUCAUCCUGUUGGCAGUUUUAUCUUAUCUGAAGUUUCACAACUUGCAGAAAGAAAGCCCUUUUUCUGCAAGAUGGUGGCUUUGGCUGUUACUAACAGGGAUCUCCUGUUCCUGUGCAGUUGGGGUGAAAUACAUGGGCCUCUUCACUUACCUGCUCAUUCUGUGCCUGGCGGGCAUCCAUUCCUGGCAGCUGCUUGGCGAUCGCUCCCUGCCCAACAUCUCCCUGCUGGGGCAUUUCUUGGCCCGGGGUUUAGCUCUCCUGGUCCUUCCCGUCGCUCUCUACCUCUCGUUUUUCUACAUUCACUUGAUUUUGCUGUAUCGAUCUGGUCCCCACGAUCAAAUCAUGAGCAGCGCCUUUCAAGCAAGUUUAGAGGGAGGGCUUUCUCGCAUCACUCAGGGACAGCCCUUGGAAGUGGCUUAUGGAUCCCAGAUUACUUUGAGGAAUAUCUUGGGCAAACCCUUACCGUGUUGGCUUCAUUCCCACCGGAAUACCUAUCCCAUCAGAUACGACAACGGACGGGGCAGUUCCCAUCAGCAACAGGUGACCUGCUAUCCGUUUAAGGACGUGAAUAACUGGUGGAUCAUCAAAGAUCCUGGAAGGCAGCAGUUGGUAGCUAGCAACCCGCCACGGCCUGUGCGACAUGGCAACAUUGUUCAACUGGUCCAUGGAAUCACAACCCGUUACCUUAACACGCACGACGUGGCUGCACCCCUCAGCCCACACUCCCAAGAGGUCUCCUGUUACAUCGAUUACAACAUCUCCAUGCCUGCACAGAACCUCUGGAGAGUGGAAAUCGUGAACCGCGACUCAGAAAACGAGAUUUGGAAAACGAUCCUGUCCGAAGUCAGACUGAUCCACGUCAACACAUCGGCCGUGUUAAAGCUUAGCGGAGCUUCUCUCCCUGAGUGGGGCUACCGACAACUGGAGGUGAUUGGUGAGAAGAUCUCCAAGGGGUACCACCAAAGCAUGUUGUGGAACGUGGAAGAACACCGAUAUGGGAAAAGCCAUGAGCAGAAAGAGAGAGAGGUAGAAUUGCACCUGCCCACUCAGAUCAACAUCAGCCAGAAUCUCACUUUCGUUGCCAAGUUCACCGAAUUGCAGUGGAAGAUCCUUACCCUGAAAAACGAGGACACGGAACAUAAAUACAGCUCAUCUCCCUUGGAUUGGAUCACCCUGGACACCAACAUUGCUUACUGGUUCCAUUCCAGCUCAGGGGCUCAAAUUCACCUUCUUGGCAACCUCGUCAGCUGGACAUCGGCCAACGUAGCCACCAUCGUCUACGUGGUUUUGUUCCUGGGGUACCUGCUCCGGCGGCGGCGGAAAAUCUGGGAUAUCCCUGAAGAGACUUGGCAGCAGUGGCUCCUGGCUGGAGGGAUCUGCGUGGGCGGAUGGGCCGCCAACUACCUGCCUUUCUUCCUGAUGGAGAAGAACCUCUUCCUUUAUCAUUACCUGCCGGCCAUCACUUUCCAAAUCCUCCUGAUCCCCAUCAUUUUGCAGCAUGCCAGCGACUUCCUCUGCAAGUCCAAACUUUCAAAGAGCAUGCACAGUGCUUUGGUGGCGGCCUGGAUGUCUUCCGUCUACUUUACGUAUCAUACAUUCCGGCCGCUGACUUACGGAAACCCGGCCCUCUCAAAAUCUGAGUUACAAGCUCUACGUUGGAAGGAUAGCUGGGACAUUCUGAUCCGGAAACGCUGACACCAAGCCUGAGAAAUGGAGACGAUGUGUGACCGGAUGGCCAACAAAAAGGAGAAAAGAAUUCAUCUGAAGUCAAGAUUUCUUCCGUUUUGGAACCGUUCUGUAAUCCUAGAAACAGCAUUGUCGAAUUGGAAAUGCCUGUAGAAUGGAUUUGGGAGUUGUUUUGUAGCCUUUUACCCCUCGUGUUGGUUUGCAGAGUUAAAAUUCAAAUGGAUAGAAAUGUAUUUGGACAAGGGAAAGAAAUUUCAGCAUUCCGACCAAACUCUCCAUCUCAAUUCAGCACUCAGAGACCAAGUCCAUCCAAGUAAGAAUUUAUUAAAGACGUCAUAUCGGCACAUCUGGGAAAACCUGAAUCGGAGAGUUCCGGGUUUUCCCUUCCCAAAAGAGAAAUCCAGAAUCUAUCCCCUGCGUCCAUCAGUCCAUCACAUGGCCCAAUCAAAUCUUCAUCCCAACUGGAAGCAUUUCCCCCAGUCACUUCCCUCCAGGUGCAGGACAACAUGUCCUUGACUCUCUGAGAAAAGAAUGUUGUUGUGUCUAAUCUUCUACCCCACUAAUGAAAUCCCCCCCUCCCAAAUUCCCAGGCACUGAAUGUGACAGCUUCAAGGCUGACAGGGGCCCUUUUGCCCACUCAGGACAGAGAAAAGAGUCACUUGAGCAUGGAAAGAGGGCACAGGGCUGGCCUGAGACUCCUUUGAUGUGGAAAGGAUUCAUCGGAGGACUAUUCAACUCUGGCAGAACCAUCUCUGGAACAGCUAUGAAAGAGGAACAAGAUGAAAUAAAUCUUAAUGUGAAACUGCUGAUUAUAUCAGUCAAUAAAAUGAAGUCAGCUCCAUGCACCAAAACUGAGGCCUCCCAGAGGUGUCAUGUGGAUCGAACUGGGAUCUGGGAAUUGAGGGACCUCCCAUGGAAGCAGAGCUGAUCAGGAAGACGUAAGAGUUAGAGGAAUGAGCUCCAGGUAUGGUAAGGAAAGGCAGAAGGACGUCACCAGCUACGCAGCUGCCUUGAUGAGCUUGAUGACUGGGGGUUCUGGACCACCAGGCAGGCCCUGGGAAGCAGGCUUUAUGUGCAUUACAUCAUCUCUUCUUUCUAGGGGAAAAACCUAGGUUUCUGGCCUUUUCACUUGGCUUUUAUUCACAAAAAGGCUACUUUAUUGGAAUGUCGCAUUGCAUUGCCAAAUUUCUUUCCCCGAUCCCUUGCUGGCUGCCCAAAGCCAAGGAAGAGACUUUGGGUUUUCCCUAGAGAGAAGAGACAACGUUAUGCACGAUAAAUAUGACAAAAAAGAAAGUGGGGUUGUGGAAAACCAGUCGGCACCUGGCAGGGUGGGAAACCAUUGAGGAGCCAGGCUGGGACUUUGUAGCUUUACCAUCAAUCGAGAAGUCUGUCUUCCUGGAUCAGAAUGCAGAAGAAAAUAAAGCCCCGUGAAUCAUUUUGUCUUUUUUUUACAUUAAAGUUUUUGCUUUAUUUAGUGAAACAGUUAUUAUCAAUGUAACAAGCUGAAAAAUACAGCAACCCGGGAGAAGACUGAGGUAACAAAAUACUUUUGCCAGAAGAAAAAAACCAAAGAAAACCAAACUUUAAAAAGACUUCCACAGGAGGGUGAAAACUUCAGUAGUUUAUCCGGAAGGAGACAAUUCACAAGGAGUGGGAGAGAAAAGGCCUUUACAAGAAAAUUCCAUGCAAUGGACCACUGGGAAUAUUAUGGGUAAAAAGGGAGCUGGGGAAAACAAGAAAAGAAAAGAAAAAAACACAAGGUCUCACCCAGGGAAAAGAAAACCAAAGUCUAGAAAUGGGUUGAAACCACAAAGGCCCAAACGGCUGAAAUCCGGACACAAUAAUUUCCGCCUCUAUCGAGGGCUACUUGUAAAAAAAGAAGAAAAAGAAAAAAAACCUGUCCAGCAUGCAUUUUGGCACUAGGUUUACACGAGCUAAUAAAUUAAGAAUAACGGGUGUGGCCUCGAGACACUGCUACACGAAGCGCUGUCGUGGAAACCCAACGGAUAGAUGGAGGGACCCUAGUCCCAAAAUUGGCUAAAGGGCAGUCAGUCCCACAGAGAGACUUGUCCUGGGCUGGACAGGGGAGGGAAGGUUUCGAAGGCAGGGGGAAAAAAACCCCAAACCCACCUUCCUUGGAGCACAGGCAUGUUCGUGCGUGCGCCAAUCUCCGUUCCUUCAACCGAAAGGCAUCUUCGCCUUGAGCUCUUUCGCUUUGCCAAGAAGAUAAUCUCCAGUUGAAGGAGCUUCACAGAGGUGUGUGUGUGUGUGAACGUUACUCUUUCUGUGUGCGUGCCGGUAGUAGCCAUAAUAAGCACACGCCUCGGCAGCGUUCACCACCUGUCCCCUUGUAAUCUUGGGAUGCCCUCUGCGGCCAUCUCACCCACAUCAGCUCUGAAGGCCCUUUCCAAAGUGGAAAACUUCUGUCUACCUGUCGUUGGACAGACAGCUGGGGGGGCUCCAGAUGGGGGGGGGGGGGGGUGGUGCCUUCUCUGGGGUGGGGAGACCGGAAUUUUUUUUUUAAAAAAAUAGUACCAAUAUGCACCCCGUUUAGUUCACAGUCAAAGAUGCACAAUA